AAUUCUGCAAGACUACUACUUGCCCAAACAGUCGCAUGAGUAAGACUUGCUAAUCUCUUACUCCAUACCCAUGUGGUGGGCGGACUAGUUUUUAAGUAUGCCAAUCCCAACUUUUUUUUCCCCCAUUCUCACUCUUCAAGAAGACUGAACAAACGAAAUCAACAUACACCAGGAGGAAGCCAGGAUUCCUGCCUGAUUACUCUUCUGUUACUUAGGAGGACUUUGGUGUUAAAGAAUGUCCAACAGCUCAUGGGGCAAAAAAAGGAAAUAUUUGACCAACAAGGAUUCAUUUGAGACUACAAAAACCCAGAAAAGUGAGUAUUCUCUGGGCAACAAGUCAGAACUAGCAGGUAACAUCUGCCUCUGAACUUAGCAGCAGCAGUUCCACGCUGCGCUCACUGAAACUAGCACUCAACAUCUGCUACAUCAAAAGUUGACAGAUCUUGCUUCCAUUCUCCACCCCUAUCCCAAUGUUUGCUCCGAGACUUGUAAGUUUCUUAUGCAUAAUCUUAUGUCUGACUGAUUUCAGUUGAGCCGUGUUUCGGUUGAGCCAUGGAAUGUGUGUGGUCAUUAUGACAGAAUCACUGGGGUUUCUGCAUGAAUUUACAGGUCUAUAUUGUUAUCAAAUGUUUCUGUGCAGGGACUUACUCACUGCUAGUACUAACCUUUAGACUUACCAUGUAGUGUUGGCUUGCAGCGCUGGAAGCUUUCAAGUAUGUCCUUUUUCGUCUUGGUUGAGAUUCCUGUCAUUUGGCUUGAGCGAUCUGUGGUAUGAAGGAUUUGAUUUGGUUAUAAAAUGAAGAUUGAAAAGGCAGCUGUUAGAAGAACUGCAAGCACCUUGUUUCUGACCUGUCACUCUGCUGGGUUUCUGUCUCUCAAAAUGAACAAUAUGCACAUAUAAUUCAAAGUGACUGUGAUACGUAUGAGGGUAGGGGGCUGCUGCAGAGGAAACCUUUGUAUAUCAGAGAUUAAAAUGGCAACACUGGAGUCUUCUUCUAAGAAAAUAAUCUGUGCUUGUUAAAUUCACCCUGGUGAGUUGCUGCUGGAACAGAUAUUGGCAACGAUGAGAAGUUGCGUUUUGCAAUUUGAGACUCUACCAGGAAUGAUGCAAGUUUAGUUUUUAAUGGCAGCUCCCUAAAUUUACUAAAUAGCCUUCAGAAGACGCCACCUAUGAUUAUAUAUACACUAUGUUACCACACUAUUCAGGAGGGAAAUGGCAAUCCAAAGGAUAUAUGGGUCUGUUAUUCAGUUUGUGCUUUUUGAUUUUUGGUGUAAUCCAAAUAUUUAAAUACCUAGAAAAGAAAUAGUAAAGCCAGGAAGAGAUAGCAUGGGUUAUAUUCAACAGACAAUUCAAACUGGCAUUUCUUGCAUUUAAAGCUUCCCAUUUGCAGCAUCUACUAUAACCUCCCCUUAGAAGGAAAAGCCUGGAACAUAAUAGCAGCAGCGGGAGAUUAGAAGAGAUUGCCAUAAACACAUUCAAGAGUUAUUUAUAUAUUGUAAUUGUUGAAGAUAUUUUGUUGUAAGCCACUGAUAUAAAUAUAGGUUAGAUAUAAUGAACAACCCACUGAUUUCUAUGAGACUACUUUGAGUAUGACUUCAUUGUUUGUUUGUUAUGGGUUGACUCCAGAGUUUGACCCUUUAUGUUCCUGCAGCAGAAAAGUAGUGAGAAUGACAUGCUAGUACUUGACCCAUACCAGUGAUAAUGAAGGAUGUUCUAUGCUUUAUUUGGCAACAGGCCCACUGAAUGGUAGGUAGAACCCAGGUUACAGCCAAAAGUGGCAUAUCUAUACCCUUCCCCCAAAGAUCUGGUCCAACUUUCUGCACAAUGUGACAUCAUGCUGUAAGUUUCCUUGCCCCUGCUAGUGGGAGCCAGUGAAAUGGAAUAGGGCAGGCUUUCUCAACCUCUGCCCUCCAGAUGCUUUUGGCCUACAACUCCCAUGAUCCCUAGCUAGCAGGACAAGGAAUCAGGGAUGAUAGGAAUUAUAGUCUCAAAAUAUCUGGAGGGCUGAGUUUGAGGAAGCCUGGAAUAGGGUCUGGGUGAACCCCACAAUUUAAUGGGAUCUCAUUACACAGGGAAUUUCUUUUCUUUUUUCGUUAGGUGAACAAGAACUAGGCACAGGUAUGGCUAUCCCCCGGUGUCUAAUUCUACCCCGAGAAAGGGAUCUGCAGCCAAUCCUGCCUCACUUACACAUGGCCAUGAUUUGUGUUUCCCAAACACAUUUGUCUCAUUUGUACUAUAUUUUUAGAUGCGCACUUAAAGCUUAGGCGCGUACCUAAAAACGUAAUGUUUGAAUCAGUGUUACUUUGCACCUGCUUCAGUCAUUGGCACAGCAUUACUCCUUUGCAAGUCUCACAUCCAUAGGAUCAAGCUGUCAGUCCGAGUCAAAAUAAUGGGACAAUGUGAACUGUGGCUUUGGAAAUGUGGCGUAAGCUGGCUUGAAUACAUCUAAGUGUUUUUUAAACUGCAGACUUAAAGGAUGUUAUUCUGAUCUAUACUUUUGGGGUGCUUGGCAACAAUGCAGGUUGACAACAAUCAUUCAUGAUACUUUCCUCAUCAAUCAUGUCCCUCUUUGCUAUCAUUUUGCUAUUGCUAGCCUUUUUCAACGCAAUUCCUUUUUGUUCUUGCAUUCUUCUUCCGCAUAACACCUCUUUGAUAACAAAACUUCCCCCCAGCUUUGUUACUUCUUUAUGUUUAGCUGCAACUGAUCUGCUUUGAAUACGGCCUUUGUUUUUAAGCCUGAGUUACACACAAAGGGCCAAGCGGGGGGGUGGGGUGCUGUCUUUCUGCUGUCAUUUGACGGAAAUUCAGUUUGCUUGCCAGCCUGGUAAUUCUUUUUCUUUAAAAGGACACUUCUGCUUGGUUUCAACUGCAAGGCUAUGUACUUUGUAGGACAAAGUGAACUGUAUUUAGCUGUGCCUCACAUGGAAAAGAAAUUAUGAGCAUUAAGAGGAAAAGAGAAAUAAAUGUGUUUCGAAACAAUAGUAGUGACGCAUAAAACAUGAUUAGAAGUUGCUACUUUGGCUAACAAUCGCAGAGCAGCUCCCUCACAACUGAAUGUUUAAAUGACUCAGCUAAGAGGGCAGUGUUUGAUUCCAUGAGUCUUUCAGACAUAAUGGAAACCGUGAAGGAUGCCAGUUAUAUGAUAAAGGUAAAGGUAAAGGGACCCCUGACAAUUAAGUCCAGUUGGAAAGACUGGGGUUGUGGCGCUCAUCUCGCUUUACAAGCCAAGGGAGCAGGCAUUUGUCCACUUCCGCAGACAGUUUUUCCAGGUCAUGUGGCCAGCAUGACUAAGCCACUUCUGGCGAAACCAGAGCAGCACACCGAAACGCUGUUUACCUUCCCGCCAGAGUGGUACCUAUUUAUCUACUUGCACUGCGUGCUUUUGAACUGCUAGGUUGGCAGGAGCUGGGACCGAACAACAGGAGCUCACCUGGAUGUGGGGAUUCAAACCACUGACCUUCUGAUCGGCAAGCCCAAGAGGCUCAGUGUUUAGACCACAGCACCACCCAGUUAUAUGAUAAAGAUCCAUGCAACUGGGUUCUCAUGCUGUUAGUUCUUUCAAACAUUCUUCUGUUUGCAAAUCAGUGACUCUCAUGCAACUGGAAGAACAUCUAUUAGUAUCUGGCUGGUGGUAGAGACCACAGCUUCUGUAGCAUCUGACCUGCCAGUUGACCAGCAUCCUAAACUCCUACCUCUUUCUCCCUCACCGCUUGCAAUUCUAGGCUGCGAUUCUGCGACCUCUUCUUCAGCAGAGGCUCAAAAGAAUUUCUAUGGUCAGUUUACCAACACACCUAUUUCACAAGUCGGGGCAGCUCAGCCAUUGCAAAUUGUUACAAAUAGGCAGAGAAAGGUGUUCAGCAAUGCAUAAUGCCGUGUUUCCCAUGUUAGCGACAGCUGUGGGUGUCUAAGCGUGAAUCCUGACCGAAAAGAGGUAAGCCCAGGCUGGCGACUCAUGUAGAGACGCAAUACUGAAGCCAGUUUGUGGUCCUGCUUUAUCUCCAACUUAAACAACCCAAUAGCAUGCCAAAACCACUGGAUCCCAGCAGAGGUUGAAGGUCCAGAACAGUGACUCAUGAAGAGAAGCACAGGGCAGCCUCUUCUGUGGAGAAGAGCAAGUGUCUUGCAUCACACCGUUCUCUUUUUCUUCAAGCACCCAAUGUGAGAAUUACCAGCGGAGCAUCUCUCUUGAGGGAGAUGCGCUGAGCCGGAUGAGAACAGGAUUGGCACAGAAAGGCCCUCGAGAGAUACGUCUUUUGGACGUAAUAGCUCUUUCUUUUGGGGGGUCUUUAGAGGUGCUUCUUUGUGUUUGGGUCAAUGACUUGAGGCAGCCCUCAAGAACUGUCCCCAUUUUCAACCAUGGAAGGUCAGAAGAGAACAGCUCCCUCCAAAAAGACCCUCUUUUCCAGGGCCAGUCCCAGAUUUAGAGAAGCCGUCCCGGUUUCUGAUUUGAUCCCGGAAUGUCCCGCUUUUCCUUAGGACGUCCCUAUUUUCAUUGGAGAAAUGUUGGAGGGGACAGCAGUUAUCUGGCCCCCCGAGCCAAAGAGAUAAUUAACUAUACAGCCUUUAGAAGACACGGGAAGGCAGGCCUGUAUAGGGAAAUUGUUUAAUGUUUAUUAUGUUGGAAGCUGCUCAGAGUGGCUGGGGCAACCCAGUCAGAUGGGCAGGGUUAUAGAAUAAUAAUAAUUAUGAUUUUUAUUAGGGUGCCAAACUGGUUCUUUGACCCAGGUGAAACAAAGUCUGUUUUUAUUAUUAAGGAAUAAGAUGUCCGUUUUCAUAGAAGGGAAAGCAACAAGCCCCCUAGGGGGUUGCUACAAGUCCUGAAUUUUCUGGACACGUCAGGGAUUUAACUGGCGUCUGGGGGAACUUUUGGAAAAUAGGCAACAGUGUCGGGGAUGUUGAGGUCCCUGUGGAGAUGGUAGUAUUGAGUCAGUGGCUCGUGUCCUUCUAGCUUGCACUCUAUUUAUAAAGCUCUGAGGAGUGAGGUUAUUACCCCUUUAUUAUUGCCCAUGCUGGCAAUAACCAUUGCUACUGUGUCCUUUCUUUUAGCAAGAUGAUCAGGUGACAGCAAAAACUGCAAGGUUUUUUAAUGGGGGGGUUAUGAGAAUAAGAUCUAUAUUUGAUUAUGGUUGUAAACCCCUAAAAUAUAUUUUCUUUAAUUAUGUUUUUAACCUCUAUUUUCAGUACAUUUUUAUUUUAUUCCUAUGGCUAGUGGCUGAUGCAAAUAAAGAUUCUUCUGAUUAUACACUGGUACUGGUUUGAAUUAACUAAAUACUGCUUUUUGUUUGAUAGGUAGUUUGUUUUGUUAAUUUUUCGGUUUUAUUGUGCAUUUUUCUUCUCUCUUUUUAUUUCUUUUAUAUAAUACACAUUUAUUCUAGAUGCUUGACAACUUGUUUAUGUAUACUGUAAUAACUACGUAAGAUUAGUUUGUGGGUUUUUUUGUUUUGUUUUUUGGAUGUAAUGUUUGUUUAAUAACAGGGUUUUUUAAAAAAGAUUCUUUUGAUUCUGAUGUUGAGGUCGAUUGCCUAAAAAAAAAGAAGAAGAAGAUGAACGACUUAGAGUUUCCUUUAAAAAGAGAGAAAGAGCUCAACAAGUUUGGAGUCCUGAGUUUUAUUUCUAGAAAAAUGGAUGAAAAUAAACUCAGGCAGCCAGAGGACUCUUCCUUCCCUUUCUGAGGAGGAUUCCCUUUGAGAGGAGAGGCAGCCGCUGCCCUGACUCAUCCUCGCCUCCGCUUCUAAACCGCGUUCAACUCGAACCACCCUCCUUUUCACCUCACCGCCCGCCGCCUCCCUUUUCCCGCCCACCGCGCGCGCGCUCCCCGCCAACCGCCCAUUGUUCUCCCGCCGCUUCCCUCCCUCUCCCUCUCCCCCUCCCACCCUCUUCUUCCUUCCCAACCAAUCGGCGUCUCCGGCGGUCGGGCGUGGGCGUGGCUUCCCGACACGGCCUCGGCACCCGACUGAACUGACAAACGGCGCGCGCGGGGGGGGGCGGGUCCGAGCCGAGGGCCGGAGCGCGCGGCGCGAGAGCCGACGGCGCCGCUUUAAAAAGCGGGAGCCCCGCCGCCGGCCGGCUGCUUCUCUCGACUCCGCGCGCGACCCCAAGGCAACGGCGGCAGCAGCAGCAGCAGCAGCAGCAGCAGCCCCGGGCCUGGCUUCGCCUCGCCUCGCCUCCUCCAGCUACCUCCGCUCGGGGCUGGCAAGCCAAUGAGGGCCCGGACUCCGGCCCUCGCCGCCUCAGGAGCCGCCGGGAGCCCCCCGUGCCGACCCCCAGCUCGCCUGGCUCGACGUGAGGCGGCUGCGCUGGACCCCCAUGCGGCGCCUCCAGGAGAAAUUCAGGAGGUGAGGCGCGCGCGCGCGCGCCUGGGCGUAUGUGUGCGAGCGACAGAUUUCAUUUCUUGGGAUAUAUUCAGGGUUCUCUUCCCGGGAUGAUAUUUUUCUCCGCUUAGGGACGAGGCGGAUUCUUCUAGUGGAUUUCCCUCCGAAGCCUUUGAUCUCGCCCGGGGAAACUCCGCCCACACUUGGGGAUUCCCCCCCCCCCCCCGCGAUCGUCUCCUCCCGUUUGCACGGGCAUCCAGAUCACUUAAUACAGACAAAAUAUCCGCUCCCCCCCCCCCUUUUCACAUGGGGUGUUAAACCCACCUUCCUUGUCUCUACUCGCAGCCUUUCUCAACCUGUGGGUCCCCAGAUGUUGUUGAACUACAACUUCCAUCACCUAGCUAGCAAGGCCAGGGCUCAGGGAUGAUGGGAGUUGUAGUCCAACAACAUCUGGGGACCCACAGGUUGAGAACCACUGUGUGCCAGGCAUGACCAAACUUGGCCCUCCAGAUGUUUCUGGAUGAAAACUCCCAUGCCUAGCUAACAGGACCAGUGGUCAGGGAUGAUGGGAAUUGUAGUCCCAAAACAUCUGGAGGGCCAAGUUUGGCCAUUCCUGCAAGUCUAGUCUAUUGAACCCUCUUCUCCUACACCCACACCGUAGUUUCUUACGUUUUCCGCGAAUGCAUUUGGGGAGGCUGCCCUGGUGCUUUUGCAGAACCCCAAGAUGCUGCCGCCUAGGUUAGUUUAUCCCUUAGCAAGGGUGCAAACUUGAAUAAAAUAUUGGGGCUGGGGAGGAAGGGGUAGGUAAGCAUCACAUAAUUGCAUGAUACACCAUUUGAAUGGCAAUGCGCAAUGGCAACUUUUUGGGGGGCGGCCCCCCCCUCAAAUAUUUUAUGGGGGGCAAAAGGACCUUGGCAUCUAGAAGUUGGCUCCUAUGUCCCUUAGCCUGUUGUGAUACUAUCACAGAUCUUAAUUCCACACAGGGUAGACCUUGCCUAAACAAAGCAAAGUGUGAUUGUGUGGGUCAUGGAGAGAUUGCGACAACAGAAUUGAGUGGUGGUAAAUAUUAUGAAUGAGUUAAAACUGAGGGAGUGCUGUGAAUGAAGUAAAGUGUGUAUGUGGCACCAGGGAAGGUGCUGGAAGUAGUUUCCUUUGGUUGAUGUAAAGUAAAAGGGUGUAGCAUGCAAUCCUUUGUUUCCUGUUUAUUUGACUCGUUUGCUUGGACACUCAUGAGGGCCUUGGCUUAAGAAAUCAGUAGGAAUUUCUGUAGUUGAUACGGAUUUGAUAUUUCUUGUCUUGGAAAGUGCUUUGGUCUCCAUCUAUAAAACAUUCUCAUAACAGUGUUUGUGCAAAAGAGCAGCUGAAUAGGACUAAGUACAAACAGGUUUGGGAAUACGUGUACUGGGUGAAAAUCAAUAGUGAGAGAGAGCAGUGGAAUUGGAUAAUUCAAAUACGACUUCUGCAAGAUGGUGUGGAAAGGGAAAAUGAGCUGUUUUUCAGCUAAAUUUUCCUUAAGAGAGAUCAUAUUGUAGUUUAUAAUGUAGUGAAUUUUCUGCUUCAUUUUGCAUCUCCUACAUGUUCCUGUUGUACCUUCAUUGAUGGGGUACAGAUCCUUUUAACUCUCUCAGGGCUCUUCCCCAUAUUGCACUGUUCAGAAAGUCACACUUAAAAUCACAUUCUUAAAGUGGGGAUGCUCUGACAAAAUUCUUUUAUUUUCUAGAGGGGGAAAAACAUCUCACAUAUUUACUUGCAAAAGCCAGUGGAAUUUGAUUGUGCAUUCCUGUACUGUAGUAACAUGCAUUGUUCUUGUAUGAGCAAAGCAGGAAGGUUGUUUUCGUGCAUCUGACCAGAAAGAAGUCACCUCCAAGAUUAAUCCCUUGAAGCAACAACACAUUUAUCCCAGAUAUAACACUUGCCUUGACCCUAUUGGGUCAUAUUCAACUAAUGUUUGCUCAGAGUAGUCUUAUAGUACUGUACCUCCUUUACUGCCAUUCUUCCUGAGAAUGUUAGCACUGAUCUCAGGGAGGCAAGUGUUCCUGGCUCAAGGCUGGGUAUGAAAGGCAUCUGAAAUUCAACCCCCUGCACUAAUUUCAUGCUCUUGCUUCUCUCCAAUUCUUCCCAUGAUUCUGUAUUUUCCUGUUCAUCUGUGGUUUUCAUGACACUCCCUACCACUUUACCAUAAGGGUAAAGCAAACAGAGUUAAGAUAAACUUUUUGAGAAUAAGAGCUGGGCUUCUGGGAUUUUCAGAGAAUGUGGGUAUCCAGUACUGCACAUUGCUGUUGUUUACUGGGCUCUUAAAACUUUAUAUGCAAGUGGAAGUCUAGUUUGCACAAUUUUCUCUCUUCAAAAUGUGGGUAGGCAUCUGAUGACUGAGAGAAGAGGUGAGUACAGUAUACUGCUCUGCUUUUAGAAAGGAAAUAGAUCACAGUGAAAGAUGAGGCUUUUCCAUCUUCUGGAAGUGGGUGAAAGUUCAUAUAUCCGGUGUUUAUCAUACUCAUGUUGGUUGAACUAAGCUUCUCCUUCACGUAUGGCUGUUAGAGAGGAUUUUCAGCAUUUUUCUCCUCUCUCUUUUGAAUGAUUGACUCUGCAGUGAGACAGGAUUCAUCUGUUUGUUUUGGCUAUGUUACAGUCUAGAACUGGGAAAGAGGGGCAGCAAAGAAUGUAAAAACAAUUUGGAAAUCAUUAAAAAGGGGCAGAAAUAGAUUCUUGCUCAAAUUAGGUCAUUUCUGUCCAGCAACGUGUUGGUUCAUAAAUUGAAUUAAGAUGUCAGUAGGAAUGUUUGUAUUGCAUAAAGAGGCUAAUAUCUGGAAUUUAGAUGUUUAUGAUAUUUAUCUUUUCUAUUUGUACAGUAUUGCUACUUCAGUGCUUGCAAAAUACAUCUAUUUAUUUUUUAAAAGGAAAGGAAUAAUAGAAGCAUGGGGGAAGGAGGGAGGUGUAGUUUAAUGAUUGAGCCAGUUUUGUACAAGGUUCAUCCCCAUAUUGAUAAGCUUGCCUCCAUCUGUUUUACACAUGAGGCAUACUGAAGCAAUGGCUGCCUUUUUCCUCUUGGUUUCCCAGCUUUUCAUUCUUACUUUGAACAGACCUUUCCUCUUUACAGUGGUGCCCCGCAAGACAAAUGCCUCGCAAGACGAAAAAACCGCUAGACGAAAGGGUUUUCCGUUUUUCGAUGCGCUUCGCAGGACAAAUUUCCCUAUGGGCUUGCUUCGCAAGACGAAAAUGUCUUGCGAGUCUUGAGAUUUUUUUCGCUCCCCCCCCCCUUUUCUAAGCCGCUAAGCCGCUAAUAGCCUUUUAGCCGCUAAGCCGCUAAGCCUUUAAUAGCCGCUAAACCGCUAAUAGCGCUAAGCCGCUAAUAGGGUUGCUUCGCAAGACGAAAAAACCGCUAGACGAAGAGACUCGCGGAACGGAUUAAUUUCAUCUUGCGAGGCACCACUGUACUUGUAUGACCCUGGAACUGUUGACUAUGGUCAAGUAGGUAUAUUGUUAAAAUUUGGGCUCAGGUAAAGAGGUAUAGCAGUGUUAUAUUUUAUCUAUUUCAUUUCACUUUGAUACAUCCUCUGAGUUGUAGCCAACUAAAUUCUACUCAAAAGUAGAUUCAUUGAAAUAAAUGGAGUUAAGUUAGUUAUUCCCAUUGAAUUCAACGGGUCUACUCUCAUGUAUGGUUAACAUUGAAUUUGACUCUUUGUCAGAAUGUUUUUGGCUAAAGCCAGAAUCACCUUUCAGGUACAGGCAACAACCAUUUUGCAUGGGGGUUAUUUUCCUGACCCCCACACAUGUUGGUGGAGCAUGCAUAAGUCUGCUUUGCCACCGCCUCGCCCCUUUUCCAGACACUUCUGGGUUGCAGUGAUUUGUGUGUUUGUGUGGUUGCGCACAUAUUGGACAAGCAUAAAAUGGUCAUUGCCUGUAUAUACGUUCCAGCAGCCAAAUUCUUGGGGCCAAUAUAAAUUUUCUUUGUACCAGCCUUGGAGAAAACUAAGUGGUUCUUAAGUGUCGUUGGCUGUGGUACUUGCUAGAAGCUUUUACCAACACAACUAGCACACUCUAGCCAUAAUGCCUCAAAAAGCUCAUAACACAACUUGGGCACCAAGUUAUAACAAUAUGAGCUUUCCAAUCUGUUUCAGUUAUCCAUACAGCUGGACACAAGGGCAACUGAGAUUCGUACUUUGAAUUGCAGGCAGAACAGCUAUCAGAAGUUAACUAAUCUAACCUCUGAACAUUGACCUAAAAAAAUAAAAAAAUACUAUAUUUUUAUCUAGUAAUUGUUGCCCCUUUUAUAGAUAGGCAGGCACUAAUCCAUAUGUGUUUAUAGGUUUAAAGACAUGUUUGAAUCUGUAAGGAGAGAGAUGCAAAGCUGUGCCUUCUGGCAGAGGGAUGUUGCCAGGCUGCAAUAUUGAGUUAUUCAGUCCGCACAGCCGAAGACGUCUUUGAGCAGCUGUACCUUUGUGGAUUGUCAGGCAGCAAAAAUCUUGGUGGUGGUGUGGCAAUGGAUAAAACACUGCAAUUCUUCCAAUGUUUUGACCCUCACAAAGAAUGUUAAUCACAAUGGAGGGAAAUGGAAGAUAUUUAGCUUAGAGUAGGGAAUAUUUUUCUACCUGAGGGCCACAUUCGCCAGUGCUGGGUGCGGCCAGAUGCACAAGUGAACGAAGUAGUGAAUGCAAAUUUGCCAUUGCACAGUCGGCUUGUUUUCUACACACACUUGCAUAGCCUGUUGUAUCCCCCAUCCAAGCAAGGAAGAGGCAUUGCCUGAGUUAGGCAAGAGCACUCAAGGAGAGGGUGAAGCAUAGGGUGUGUGUCUGGGGCAGGGGUGUGGCCUGGGUGUGGUGUGGUCUUGAGAGGCACUUCAAAGUCGGGAGUAAGGCUGAUCACUUGUCACACUUUCCAUGGUAAGAGUGGCAUUGACAGAACUGUAGAAGCCUGAGCAUGUGUAAUUUAAUACCUGUAUCUGGAGCCAUAUUUGCCGAAUGAAAACCCCUAAAUCAGGAUUUUCUCCAGAUUGACAAUUGUCCACAUUUAUCAGUAAAGAGAAGGUUUUCCAGGGCAAAACCCUCGUAGACCUGUGCACGGGACAAGUGCAAGUCUGAAUGAGCCCUCUAUAUCCUCAGAUGAGGCUUUUGGCAGCUGGGUGUAGCCUGGAGAAUAAAUUCCUGAUACAUAAGAUCCUGUGUAUUUAGGCCAUCAGAUUCUUUUUUUCCCCUCAUCAGCUUUCCAAAUUAAGAAACAGCAGGCUAAGUGUAUAGCACAGUUGAUAUUGCCCUCACAACCUGAGGCUGUUACAAAAAGCAAUUUAGCAAAACCAUAUCUUCCCCUUGCUUCCAAGGCUAUUUAAAAAUUGACUCCUUUCUUUUUAGCAUGCACACAGAGCAAUGUGUUAUAUAAACUCCUGUAUGUGACUUUACUGGCGCAGCAUAAAAGAACUUGUAUGAAUACCCAUUUCCCCAUCUCUUUUGUGUGUUACUUCUAGAUUUUAUUUUAUUUUGUGUCUCUCUUAGAUGGUGAGCCUGUGGGCAGAGACUGUCUUUCAAAAAAUAAAGUGUGUAUAGCUCUGCAAAACAAACUAUUGUUAUGAGUGGAAACAGGAUAUUGUCAGUCUCCACAAAGUUCAAAGAGUUUCUUUAAACAAAUUAUUUGUUAAGGCUGCAGUCCUAAACACAUUAGCUAAGGAGCAGGCCCUACUGAAUGCAGUGGGACUUAAAGCACAGUCCUAUACAUGUUUAUUUGGAGAUAAGAUGAUAGGUUUUUAAUAAUUGUUGGUGUUUGCAGCCAUAUGAGUUUUGUUGCCAAACUGCUAGAUUGAUUCUGUGGUCCUCUGCUGAUAUAGCUGCAGAUUUCAGAUGGACUAAAACAGUCUGGUGUGUAUUAUCUACACUGUGACAAUAUAAUUUUUGAAAGCAAACAAUUUUAGUGCAAACAGCUAUCCAUUUACUACUUUAAAAUCAUCACUUCAGUAAUGCGGUUUCUAGCAUGAAAUUUACCAAGUGGCACUGGCACUAUAGAUGUUUAUAGAGAUUAGCACAAAAUUUUAUGCAUGUUUUGGGAGUAAAUAAAAAUAUAUAGACUUUGGCUCACUAGUAUAUGCAACUAGCAUGUAUUAUGAAGCUUGUAAUUAUUUGGUCACCCAGUAAGGUAGGAAAAUAGUAUUUUCAUAUUGUACAGGCUGGGCACUGAGAAACAGAAACAAGAUAACCUAGAAACAAUAGAGAGAUCUGCAUAAAAUUUUAUAUUUAGAUGCAAAGUUAUUCCUGUUCAUAGCAAAUGGUAUUUGCAUAGCCACAGUAGGACAGGCAGCAAUACUGAAGACUAUAGUUAGAAACAUUCAUACUGUUUCUGUCUACAAACCUUCUAGAUGAGCCUCAGUGUAUUUAUUUGAGAUAAAUCCCAUUGGGUUAAGCAAGAUGUACUUCCCAGUAGUCCAAGCAAAGUUAGACUUUGGGGUUUAACUAGUCUGCUUAUUUGCAAUGGAAUAACUCCGUGGAAUUUUGCAGGAGUGGAAUGGAAUGGGUUGCAUACAUCAGAAACACAGUUGGAUAUUUCAGUUUCAAAACUCAACCCUUGUACGGGUUUUGAAGGGCACCAUAUUGAAUGUUCAAUGUGGCAACUCCCUUGAAGAUUGAGACAUCAGGGAAGCUGGUGUGCGUAUCAGGACAGCUCUCUACAUUUUGUGUACAAACCAUAGUUUUAUCCUAUGUCUAUUUUUGAAAGGGACCAUGAAUAAAACAAAAUAGAUUGUAAGCUCAUGACGUAAUAUAUGCACUGGUGAGUGAGAUAUUAGAAUUAAAGUUGGUGUGUAUUUUCAGGAGAUAGUUAUAAAUUACAUGUUAACGUAUGAACUUGCCCCCUACCCCCAUUUUGAAAAAAGGGUCCAGGAGCAAGUGAGAUCUCUUAAACACUGCACUUCACUACUGUUGCUGUGGUGUAAUCUUACCAGACUACUCCAGUUUGUCGUCUUCUUCUUCUUCUUCUUCUUCUUCUUCUUCUUCUUCUUCUAAAAUUUAUAUCCCACCCAUCUGGCUGGGUUUUCCCAGCCAUUCUGAGCGGCUUACAACAUAUAUAAAAAUGCAACAAAAUCUCUAGCAGUAAAAAACCAAAUAAACUAUAAAAGCAACAAACAAACCAAUAAAUCAAUAGAAACCAAUAAUAAUAAUAACAACAGUAACAACAACAAUAAUAAACAGUUUACAGUUAUGCCCAAAUUAAAAUAUCUGCCAACCCCAACUAAUCAUUUAACCAACCCAACAAAAACAAAACAGAGGAACCAAAAUUAGAACCAUUUAAAACAUUUUAGCUAGUUGCCCCAACCUAAGAGUUGUUCCAGCAAUGUCCCUCCGGCCUCCCAGGAGCCCUUUAGCUAUUCAGGGUGAGUCUGGACCCUACCCCCUAGGCCAGGUGGAAAUAGGCCUUGCAACGGGAAGCAGGUCUUUCUUCCAGCCCUCACGGUGGCAGCAGAAGUCAUAAAACCAGACUGAGCAAAAGCAGUGUUGCAGCAUUUGUUUGAUAAAUACUUCAGAGUUGUGCAAUUUUUUAAAAAAGGAAAGUUACUGGUAUGAGAGCUUCAAUGUAUCCUGAUCAUCGUGGUGUUGUAAGUGCCACACAUAAUUUCUUAAUUUUAUCAUUUGGGGUGUUACUUGUUAAAGUAUCCUUAUUGAGUUCAUAAAAACAGAAUGGCCUGCUUAGUAGUUUCAAAAGUGUCUGUAAGCUUCCAGCAUUUGCUGAAAGUCAGUUGACAAUUGGACAAUUGGUGUGUUUGGCCCAGUUGUAUGCUGAUAAUAAAGGUUACUGGUAACUGUAAAAGCUUGUGUUGGUGGUGUGAUACCAAGACCACAGAUGAAACUAGUUUCUCAUAUGUUUGUGACAAGAACACCUCUGUAUGUGUCUCAUCCCCAUUUGUGGAAACAAAGACAAAAGUAUCUGCAACUGCAUUUAGUCAUUGUUCUCUUUCAUCCCUUCCAUUUUUGUAAACCCAAAUAAGUCCAUGGUGGUAUAUGAAUAAAUAAAAAACUUGUGGCAGUCCGUUGAAGUCCUAGGGCUUACAAAAACUUUUUUUAAAAAAGAUGCCUGUGGUUGGAGGAUGUGAUGUGUAUGUUGAGAUUUUUAUUUUAUUCGUAAUUCACAUAGGCAGCUAAUUGAGAAGUAGGUCCCUUGACGACAAAAUCUGACUUGCUUUUCUUGUCACGAGUAAAGAAAAUACUGCUGCCUUUUGUACUGUAGGAAAAAGUGUGGAACACAGUGCUUCCAAAUGAUGCAUUACAUUUCUUCACCUCCCAAUUAACCUUGGUCUAGGUCACAACCUGCUAUUGCUGAGCGUUCUGAGCUUGUUCCUCUACAUCCUUUUAAGUCAGCGGUAUGCUUUGCUUGUCUCAACAGAUUCAUGAACCACCCAGCUCCAGCAAAUAGCCGUUACAAACCUACCUGCUAUGAGCAUGCUGCUAACUGUUACACUCAUGCGGUAAGUAAAUUGAUCUAUUGGCAGCACAAUCAAAAGUAAUUCUAAUUCCCAUCUGUGUAAGAUUUUGUUUUAUUCAUAGUUUGAAUACAGGCUGAAUUGUCGUUAAUACAGUUGAGACUGCUGCAAUAAGUAAAUGUUCUGGUACAACAGCAGAGUCCACACAUUCCAUUGAUUGCUCAUUCAUUCAUUCAUUCAUUCACUCAUACAUAACACAUACAAUCUUUUUCCAUUCUGCUCCAUGUUUAGGAAUCAACAGUUCGCUAAAGCCUCACGAGGAUCUACUUUCCCUAAACUAAUAAUUGCUUAAAGAUUUUUCUCCCACUUUGGAGGAUAUAGAGAGAUUUAUUUCAAAAAUGUUUUGACACUCUUUUUUAAAAAUAAGACAGCAGUGGUGUUUUAAAUUGAAGCAUAUGUUCCAUCUCAAAGCGGCUUCUAAGGCUGCCUAAAGUAUUCUCCCACAAACAAAAUAUUUACUAGUCUUGCAGCCCAUGCAUACUGUUAGUAAUCCAUGGCCUAAAAAAGAAAAAGCACAAAUUCUUAUAAAGCUUUCUUAUCCAGUCCCUAAAAUGGAAUUAUUUAUUUCUCCCCAGAAAUAAAUAAAUAAAGUUUUGCUGAACAAAACUCUGAUUAAUCUUUCAAACUAGGCUGCCUUAACUGUUGUGCACAACAUAUUAUAUCAGAGAUUUUUGCUUAUGUUUUGCUAUUUAAAAGUUGUAGUUUGUUCUGCUUUCAGGAUAAAGGUAAUGAUUAAAUUAUUGCCAGAAAGAACUUGGUCUUUUGAUUGUUGUUUCUACUUUGUCUGAGUUUUAUGUUUUGUUGUUUGUUUCAUUUAGUAGCAUUGAUUCGUUCUUUGCCAGCUCAUGGUAAAAUGUGUGGUUUAUUUCUAAUACAGCCUUGGUGAUGUUUGUCAGUUUCCAGUGGGCCACAGACAUCAGUAAAAUGCAAAUACAGUGGUACCUUGGUUUAAGAACAGCUCAGUUUAUGAACAACUUAGAUUAAGAACGCUGCAAACCCAGAAGUAGGUGUUUUGGUUUGUGAACUGUGCCUUGGAAGCAGAACAUGUUCCACUUCCUGUUGAGUGUAAAUUGAGUCCCCACUGCUAUGGGAAAGCAUGCCUUGGUUAAAGAACGGACUUCCGGAACGGAUUAAGUUCAUAAACCAAGGUACCACUGUACAUUUGUAUGUUUAAAUGUCAGGUUUCAUAGAAGCACUACAGCGGAAGUCAGUCCAUGUGGUAUAAUGUGCUCCCAGUGUUCACUCUCACAGGAAGUGGGGCUGCUCUGAACCAGCUGAUUCUUUCAAACUAGUAUCAAGCAGAUAAUAUUUCAAUAGCAUAAUGCAUACCAGCUUUUCUUAAAAUUUAAAGGCCCAGGACAUAAAAAGAUGAAUUACUUUUACCUUGCUGUCGAAUGGAUUGCUUUCCUGCUAUAAAGCUGAUAGUUUACAACAUCUGCAAUGUUUGCAUAUUGGCAUUAAGAAGGCAUCUGAAAUCACCUCCUGGCAUCACAGUGCGCAGAAAGUUUUUCCUUGGGUGUGUGCCAUGGAUCACUAGAUACUGCAGCUCUUUCUCAGUUUUAGAGUAUUUAAUAAACUGUUACAUUGGUGAUGUCAAAAAGCAAAGUGAUUCAUUGGGCUGGAAAACCAUCAAGCAGGUACAUAUUGGGCAGGAUGUUGAAAUAUUUUGGAAGUCUCACUUUGUAGUUUGAAAUCAAUGAAACAGAUGCAACAAAUCAUAACGGUAGCAAUAGUAAUACCAAUACUUUAGACUUUCAAGUAGUCACACUUCACCGACAAGAUCUAGUUGUGAUCCUCACAACAACCCUUUAAGGUAAGCCAAUAUUAUUGUGCUUAAUGCAGGGUGUGAGGGGCUGGAUGAGACUAAGAAAGAGAGGCUAGGUGGUCUCAACUAGUGAGUUCACAGUAGAGGAGAAAUUCAGACAAGGACUUCCUGAUAUGUAGCUCAGACUUUUAACACCAUCAUUACUUUCCAAGCUCCCUCUUAAACUGAAAACCUGGUGGUAUUUCUAAGGGUCAUGCCUUGGUUCAUAAUUUUCUUUAAAAGAAAUUCCUAGCUGUAAUUGUAAAAAGUAGGAACAAUUUACCGUAUUUUUCGCUCUAUAAGAUGCAUCAGAACAUAAGACGCACCUAGUUUUGGGAGGAGGAAAACAAGAAAAAAAAUAUUCUGAAUUCCAGAAGCCAGAACAGCAAGAGGGAUUUCUGUACAGCGAAAGCAACGAUCCCUCUUGCUGUUGUGGCUUCUGGGAUAGCUGUGCAGCCUGUGUUCGCUCCAUAAGACGCACACACAUUUCCCCUUUUUAGGAGGGAAAAGGUGUGUCUUAUAGAGUGAAAAAUACGGUAAGUACCUAAGAGUGAGUAGGUUUGUCUGGAGAACUUGUAAAAAUUCCAGCCUUCAGUAAUAAGACUAGAAAAUACUCUUCGAUUAUUGAAAAGUCUUCUGAUUAAAAUGAAGCACAAAGGGGUAGCAGAAGAGGAACCCUGAUCUCAUAAUAAAAAUAUCUUCUGUAAAAUCUGCAACUUGAAAGGCCUUCCUUAUACCAGUCAUGCAGUUUCUGCAUUUCCACUUCCUGUUUUAGUAGCUUUCAUUAUUUUGAAAUUCGAAUUGCUGCAGCUGCUGUUGACCUUGGAAGUAGCAUUGAGGUUGACUUGUAUAACAAGUUGUUGUUUGAGUGUUUUAAAGGGCGGGGAGUAAAUCAGGACAUUAUUUAUACAUCAGUGUGUCUGCAUUUGUGUUAGUCCUUCUCUAAGCACUUUGCAGUUUUUGCUUGCACAGUUAACUUUAACAAAGUGUUACUUCCAGCAUAUUUUAAUCCUAGAUACAAUAUACCUUCUGACAUUUUGGCACAGCGUUGGGAUGGGAUGGGUGGGUGACACAGCAGUUCUGUGACCUUCAGCCUAAGCAAAUUCUUAAAAGUCUUACUGAUGUCUCUGAUGUAGAGAUGUCUCUCUUUUCCAUGAUAAAGACAGAAACAACAAUGUCUUUUCAACUGUAACAAACCUGGGUAUAAUAGACAACUUAUAAAAACCACUGGUUCUUUUUACUCCUCUUUGAAGCAAAGGGUAGAUAGUAGGUGAUUGAGGCCUAGGCAUAGCAAGUAGAAUGUUAAAUGAGGAUUGGUAGGCUAGCAAAUAAACAUGUUCUGUUGUUUCCCUAGUUUCUCAUUGUUCCAGCCAUUGUGGGUAGUGCCCUGCUCCAUAGGCUCUCUGAUGAUCGAUGGGAAAAGAUAACAGCAUGGAUGUAUGGGAUUGGUCUCUGUGCACUGUUCAUCGUUUCCACAGUGUUUCAUAUAAUUUCCUGGAAAAAGAGUCAUUUAAGGUAUAAAUCAAGUAUUCAUUUGGGGUUCAUUCGUGCUGCCGUGCACACAACUUGCUGCUUGUAAAUUAGGUUGUGAUUUAUCCGUGUUGCAGCCAUCACUGCCGUUCUGCUCAUGCAACAGACAUCUGCUUGGGCAGCAGAACUUCCUCUCCCAUCCCUUGUAGCCCUGUGUGCACCCUCAAAAACUCCAGAGAGUUGGAGCAGAGGUGAAGGCCACGCAGGGAGAAGAAAGGGAAGUCCUGUUGCAGGAAUAGAUUGCCACCUCUGUGCCAUUGGAUGUAACCCUCCUUGCCCAAAGGAGGUUGGGAUGAUUUACCGUAGUCACUCUGGGUAAUAAGAGUUUUCCUGCUUGAGGAUUCUACUGAAUUUUGUGCAUUAUUGGUCUUAAAAAUGUUAUGUGUAUAAAGUUUCAGAGUAGAAUAGUGAAAGACACAAGAUGAAAAAGAUUUGUCGUUGCGCUGCUACUUUUACAGUAUAGCCACAGACCACAAAACAUUUAUUUAAGGCAUCUGUAUCCAAUCUGCUGCACAGGUACAGGAGAGGAAGGAAGGGAUGCACUACCUGUGCUGCUUCAGCACAGGUAAUGCAGCAGCAGGUAGUGCAUCCCUUCCUUCCUCUCCCACACACUGUUUCUGUACUUCUUCACAAGUGUAGCUGAACGCAAACUUUAUUUGCACAGGAUUCCCUGACUUUCUAAGUGUCUGUCUGUCUAUCUAUCUGACUUAUCUGUCUACAUACAUAUCUAUCAUGUGAUAUGUUGGGAUUGUGAUUGGCUUCUUUAGCCUUAGGUGAACAGCAAAAUACCUUCAGUAAAACUAAGAUUUAGGGCUACCUGUUCCUGAGGAAAGGAACUCUAUGGCAUGCCUACCAUCCUGCUUUUAGAUUUUUUAGAAUAAUGUUUCAUAUUGGGUAAUGUUUCUAGUAACAUACCGAUUUUUUUAAAGUGAUCUGUUCCCUUGUUUGCCUUUCCAUUUAGGACAAUGGAGCACUGCUUUCAUAUGUGUGACAGAGUGAUGAUCUAUAUCUUCAUUGCAGCAUCAUAUGCACCAUGGUAAGGUUUAAAAAUGUGUACUUACUGAUAGGACGAAAUGGUGAUGGCAUAUUAUCAGUGACAGCUUCCACUUAAUGGAUUGGUUGACUAAUUGCUCAUGGCCUAAUCUGCUGAGAGUUAGAAGCAGGGCAGUGAAAUCCUUUUUCCAUUUAAUAAAUAAGGGCUUUGCAUUUUUGACAAAGCUGUUCUGAUCCAUCAAGGACAACGUGCAUACAUAAGGAGGCUUCUCCUUAGUCAUCAACUGCAUUCUUGGUAACUGCAUGGAAAACGGUGUGUUGCAGAUGUACAGGGGCCAGGAUGUUUCAUAUAUGACUAUAGUAACUGAUACUGCUUUUCAGUUCUGCCCUCCCAAAACACCAGUGAUCUUAAUAGGAUUUAUAGCAUGUAGGGAGUUACUCAUUUGUAUUGCUUACAGUAGGGGGGCCCGGCCUUUUGGGGCCUGGGGCGCAUUUGAAAAUCAAAGUAAUUGUUGUGGGCACCACAAAUUACCCAUUUCACACAAGGAAAACUGGCAAUACUCAGGACCUAACCCUGCCAUCAUACAAACAAAAAGCCUAUGACACUCCACAGCAAAUAAAACUAAAAACAAAAAGCAGACAGCAACCCCCACCCAAAAAUAGCAACCCAUUAAACAACCCCCAAAGGGACCAAAACACCGAGAACCCAGGGUGCAGGGGAGGCACCAGUGGGAUAUCUGAGGGCAUCAUGGUUGCAAUAAAUUCCUUAAAGUUGUUGUAAAUUGUUUUAUUAGUAAAUUCUUUAAAGUUGUUGUAAGCCACCUCAAGUGUCAAGAGUAAAAAUUAAAAAAUUGCUGUCAAGCUGAUGGUUAAAACGAAAUAUUUGCUGUAAAAUGUAAAAACUUCAUAGGUAUCAUCUUUGCACACAUCAGUAUUUUAAAUUUACUGAACUAAUUUGGAAAAAAAUACUUCAUGAAUUGAAUGGUGUAGAAAUGAAUAUCUCUGUCUGAGUAGUUUUAAUCCUUUUGUUAUAUCUGCACGUGGAAUACAAAUCGUCUUUGAUUUGAUCUGCCGUCAGUUCUGCAUUUCAUUUGAUCACCUUAAUUUUUUUUAGGUUAAAUCUUCGUGAGCUUGGACCUCUGGCCUCCCAUAUGCGAUGGUUUAUCUGGUUGAUGGCUGCUGGUGGAGCCAUUUAUGUGUUUCUCUACCAUGAGAAGUAAGACAACAUUGUGAUUCAUAUUUGAAUUGGCGUUUCGUAGACUUGGAAUCUGUGCAGAUGUAAAUAUUAGUCCUGGUUUUUGGAACUGUGACCAGUUCAAGUUAAGGCCAAGGUUGUGAGCUGGAAAUCCAGCAUUCCCAUAAGUGGAGUUAGGACACGGUUAACUGAGUUUAGCAAUGAUCAGGCAUAAUGUUGAAGCAGUAUAGAAGAGAGGAGGACUGGAACCCUUAUCCCCUUUAGCCUGCGUCUGAUUUCUGAACCAUGGUUAAAACUUUGUCAACACAGAACUCUAAUAUGUGUACUUAACUUACGAUUUUGAAAAUGGCAAAAAUACAUAAAUGGAAGGGUAUCGUGACUUGUGAAGGAACAUUCUACAUUUGGAGUGACACCUCUUCUUUGUGUAUUUAUUUUAUACGUGGUGUUUCCUUGUAAGAAAAAUUGGAACAGAUAGUCAUCUUGCUUAUUUUUAUUUAAUGAAAAACAAAACAAUUUUAACAUAAGUGUAUUCUCUUAUCUCUUUUGAGAAACACAGACUGAAAAGGCUGAAUUAAUAGCCAGGCAGUCUUAUUACAUGUUGGCACCAGGCACAUCACCAGAGUGUAGAAAAUUACUCCCUUUCACUUGUGAGAUUUCUUUUGAUAAAUAAUUCAAUAUGAGUGGGUGAAAAGAACCUGGAUUUCUAUCAAAGAAAUAGAAUCUCUGGGUGCAAUCCACUUUCUAUUCCACCGAGUGGAGACAGACUGUCUGCUUCUGAUAUUUGAUAUUUAUCAUUUUCUAGUAAGAUUAAUAGGUGUAAAAAUUCUAGCCACAUCAACAAGAGGAAGGCAGAUUCUCUUAACGUAUGUCCUUGCUCCUUUUCACGUCACUCAAAUUUCCUCGUCCCACCUCCCAGCUUUUUUGCUUUCGGCUGCACGAAAGAUCUCUGUUUUCUCUGGAGGAUAUCUUUCCAAUGCAGGGACACACUGGGUCGUCAAAGGAUAAAGCCUUCCUUUUUGAUAUCUGUUGGACAUUUGUUUUCCAGAUAAUGGAAUGCUGAACCAAAAAAAAUUAUUUCCAUUCUGUGGAAGCCCAGUGCAGUAGAGGGUAUAACAAAAUAUGUGCCACUAAAAUUGGCAAUGUAUUGCUGAGAGAGAUAAAUGUAUGCAAGUGAAAACUGCUGUCUUUUUGAGGCGGGAAUGCAUGUUUCUUUUGCUUGGUUGCAGGCUUACUUUACUUUAUUUUUGUAGGUAUAAAAUUGUGGAGCUCUUCUUCUAUCUAGCAAUGGGCUUUUCUCCUGCUCUAGUCGUGACCUCCAUGGUAAGUAUGCUUGCUAAAGAAUUUUAAAAUCUAACUCUUGGGAGCUAUUAUUAAUACUUAUUAUAGGUUUGUUUUUUAAAAAGCCUUCUGUAUUCAUUUAGAUCUUUGCUGUGUUUCUGUUGCCUAACUUUUUUCUUUUUCCCUCCAUUUUUAAAAAACUCUUAAGAACAACACUAGUAGCAGCACCCACUGUGGUGGAUGUGGAGCUGCCAUCCCAACCCCAGUAUCUCUGCAACUUACCUGGAUGGGGCCAACUAGCAGCAGCGAGGUUGGGGUCGCAUGAAUGCCCUGGCAGAACCAAUCAGAUGCAGGUUCGUCCAUGCAGCCCCAACCUUGCCCCAGACCCUCCUCGGUAAGUUACAGCGACAUUGGUGUAGGGAAGAUAACACCAUGGCUCCAUCCCACCACUGCUGGCAAAUGUAUUCUCCAGUGAAGCAGGCACCAACUUAAGGCAUCCUGUUUAACAUAGCAGAAUGAUUAUAUAUGGCACCAUCCAAAUGUCUAUAGAUUAACAGUGUUGACCCACAUAUACAGUACAGUGGUACCUCGGGUUAAGAACUUAAUCCGUUCUGGAGGUCCGUUCUUAACCUGAGGUACCACUUUAGCUAAUGGGGCCUCCUGCUGCCGCCGUGCCGCCGCCGCACAAUUUCUGUUCUCAUCCUGGAGCAAAGUUCUUAACUCGAGGUGCUAUUUCUGGGUUAGUGGAGUCUGUAACCUGAAGUGUCUGUAACCCUAGGUACCACUGUAUUGUCAGUAAAGGCAAUGGAAUUUGGGAUAUACAGUCGUACCUUGGAAGUCAAACGGAAUCCAUUCUGGAAGUCUGUUCGACUUCCAAAAUGUCUGAAAACAAAAUUGCGGCUUCUGAUUAGCUGCAGUAAGCUCUGGCAGCCAAUCGGAAGCCGCAGAAACCCCGUCAGACGUUCGAGUUCCAAAGAACGUUCGCAAACUAGAACAAUCACUUCUGGGUUUGCGGCGUUCGGGAGCCAGAAUGUAUGAGUUCCAGGGCAUUUGACAACCAAGAUACGACUGUACUGCUAUAGCCUAGAUAAACCAGCAAUGCCACUCUUGUGCUCUUAGCAGAUUGAAAUGGUUUCUUGUUUGAUGGAGCAGCAUGCAGUGUUUUUUCAUUGGCUUUUAAGCAGUAUAUUGAUAAAUUACUCUUGGUCAGAUACACAAAGCGGAUGCAAUUAAUUUCACUUUCUUAUAUCCAUUCAAUUAAACUUCCAUUACAUUCACGUACGGAAUAUUAUUUGGACUAACACAGCUAACCUUUUGGAAAUGGUUUCAGUUUGGCUUGGCUUAUAAGCCUUGGGAUAAGAAGGAUGUGAUUAAGAAUAGAUGUUGCUGGAAGUGCAGCCAAGAAGGGUAGCAAACUGGUGCAAUAUAUAUAAAUUGUAGACAUGAAAAAAGGUUGGAAUAUUCCAUCCCCACCCCCAGUGUGUGGCUUCACGCCAAAGAUGUUUGCAUGUGAAGAGUUGCCACUUGGUCUCUUCAGCCUGACUGAAUGGUCAACCAAUUGGCAGAUGAGAUUUGAUAUAACUAAAUAUAAAAAGGUACACACUAGAGCAAUAUAUCCCAACUUAACAUAUGCACUGAUACGAUCUGAGUUGACUUGUCAUUCUCCAGAAAAAGAAUCUUGGUACAGUGGUAGAUAGUUUAAUGGUGAGAGCAACUGAGUCUAUGCUGACAGGGGGAAAGGCCAAUUAUGUGUCAAGUGGUAUUAGUAAGAAAAUGGAAAGUGAAAUUGCCAAUAUUGCAAUGCCUUUCUGUACAGUUAUGAUGUAGUUGCACUUUGAAUACUAUCUACUGCUCUAGUUACCCUAUAUAAAAAUGUAUAUCCAGGUUGGAAAAGAUGCAUAAAGGCAAGCAACACUGUCAAAAUGUUGGCACACCUUCUUUUAGAGAAAAUGUUAAAGCAAUAGAAUCUUAUUAUUUUGGCAUAGUGUGGGGGAAGGAAGAGAGAACAAAGACAGGGAACAACUUAAUAGUCUUUAUAAGCCUCAAUUAAUACAGUGGAGACUGGAUAAAGUGGUGCUUCUAUCUCCAUUGCAUUACGACUUUGAGUCACCCAGCAAUAUUUGCAAUAGAUUUAGGAGAGACAAACAAAAUUACUUUACACAGUGCAGGAUUCAUUUGUGGAAUUUUCUACUGCUAGGUGAGAUGAUGGUCCUGGAUUAGAUGGGUUUUAAAAGUGGGUAAGACCAGUUCUUCUGGAAUUUUUCUAAAGGCCAUAAUAGCUAAAUGGAACCUGCAUGUUCAGAGCCCGCAUGCCAGCAAAUACCAGUUUGCUGGUAUAGCAGGAUAAGCUGUUGUGUUCAAGCCCUGCUUGUAGCCUUUCCAGAAGUCUUUUGCCGGCUGCCGUGGGAACGGGAUGAAGGACUACAUGGCAACUCCGCCUGAACCUGCAGGAACAGCUCUGUGCUAACACUCCUUAAUAGUUUGACAGCUAAUGCUUGUCUGUGUAUACAGUCUCAAUGGGCGUGAUAUUGCUGUACCACUCAGUAGGGGGAGUAGAAUGUUAUGACCAGCCUCAUUCUCUCACAAAGAGUGCUUAAAAAAUAAAAUAAAAACUUUAUUAAUCCACAGAACAACACCGAUGGACUUCAAGAACUUGCCUGGGGAGGCUUAAUUUAUUGUAUGGGAGUGAUCUUCUUCAAGAGCGAUGGGAUCAUUCCAUUUGCCCACGCCAUCUGGCAUCUGUUUGUCGCCACGGCUGCUGCAGUUCAUUACUACGCUAUCUGGAAGUACCUUUACAGAAGUCCUGCAGAAAUCAUCCGUCACUUAUGAUAUUAAAUACACAAGACACGCACACCUUCGAGCUGCACUAUGCCUCCGACUCAGUAUUACUUGGGUAAAAAAAGAAAUUCUGGGGAAGUGGGGGAAAUAUUGCACAGGGUGGGGGUGGGAAUGCACUGACUGAUAGUUUUUCAAACACAUUUACUGUGAACUAAAGUGACAAAAAUGUGUCCUUGAAUUGCUGUUCAUAUAUCAGGUCCUGGGCACACAGUCCCCACAUGCAUUUUUCCUGUGGAAGCCCCUAGUGGAAUGAAUGGGGAAGCGCAAAAUCACUGUACAAGGCCCAUUCUUUUCAGCUGGGGUUUCCACAGAAGCAUUUCCCUUUCGUAUUGCUUCUGCUGUCCGUCAGCAGAAGCUGCACUCCAGCACACAAAGUUUAGUGCACUUAAGCCAAUUGGGUGUAAGCAUGCCUAACUUUGGUUUGUGGUUUAAAACACCAUGCUGCAUUAUUAAUAGUCCAUUCUACAUUAACAGGGAAAACAGUGUAAAAAUGGUUGGUGGCCUGAUGUUUACAAAUUCUUUUUUUUUUUUUUAGAUGUAUUUAAUGGGUUUAAUUUCUUCGGUUUUUAAACUGCAUAAACUUUUUGAAAUGACAGUUUUGAAUUGGGGAAGUUGAUGUAACAGCAAAUACUUAAUUCUUUUCUUUUUUAAAGUUGCUUUCUACCACUUUUUCACAAACAAUUUAAUAAAACGCAAAUCAUGGAGAGAUAAGUUUAAGCUUCCUCCCCCCCCCCCACUUGUACUAAUACGACUUUUUAUAUAAAAAUGUUUUUUAAAAAUAAUUUUAAAAGUAGAUGCAGCUGCUGUUGUGCAGUUGUAGCUGCAGUGAAACUUUGCAAGAAAACUACAUUCCACAUACUGUCCUGACCUUAUAUACCUCUUCCAAAGCUUUUUAUUAAAAGUGUGUGAAUGAUCAUUAUGAAAUUUCAAAAUUGGCUCUGCCAAGCUCUUACCUAAAAACCUGCUACCCUCCACAGUUAAUUUAAUUAUCAGAUUUGGAUUUAUUUAAAAAACAAAACAAAUAGUGCUAACUAAUACAAAAAACCCAUCCCACAGUGCCAUUUCUAGACAUAGAUGCAUGUGUUUAUGUGAAAGCACUCUGGAAAUAAUUUGCUCUUGUAAUACAGGUGGUUAGCAAUUAGCAGUAAAAAAAAUGAAAUUACUCGUAAAGCGUUGGUAAUUUUGGGAGGUGCCUAAGAGACUGGUGCUUAAAUAAUGAGGCUUACAGAGCAGUCCAUUUGCAUAUUAACCUGGGAGUAAAUCUCAUUGUGUUCAGUGGGGCUUUCUCCCUAGCAAGUGUGUUCGGGAUUGCAAGUUGAGGCAAAUGACUCCCAGAGGAAGACUGUGGGAAGCAAAUACCUUGCUCUUUCUCUCAUUUUCUAAAACAUAACCUAUUAACAGUUGUUUAUAAACUUUUGAGUAUUAAUAGUGGUUCGUCACACACCCAAAUGGCCUUUUCAGGGAGGGAAGCUUGAAGAACUAGAUAGGUCUCAUCGGUCAGGGACUUGGUAGCAAAACUGGGCUUUAAAUGUGCUGCUCUUUAGCAUCUGGAUCAAUGAACUGUGGUAGCAAUUUGAUUGUAGAGCUUGUGUAUUAAGUAACAAGAUGUUAGAAUCUCCGUUGUGAUGAUUGCUGUCCAGUUACUGUAGCAUGUCCCACUGUAUUAUGAAUGUCUUAUAUUAAGAUUGAAUUUAUUCUUUUUCUAACUUGCUCUUUUUCAUAUCAGUGUUUUAAAAACUAAAACGGAACAUGUUGCCUUUUUCAGAUUUUAUCUGGAUAUUUUGUCUGUUGGACCAGUAGAUAUGUACUCUGGGGAUGGGAGCUUCCUCCCCAAGGUAAUAUGUAAUUCUCUUCUAGAUCUGCUGGUGCGUUGUUACAUAUAUUAGAAUUGGGUGCACUUGUAUACAAUUUGCAAGAAGGGGCAAAUGCUCAGAUUAAAGUAAGGCAUUGGAAGCUUGGCUUCCACACAGUAUUAGUGGAUGACUACAAAAUUGUCCCACAUCAGGGACACUUCCAAAAUUCUUCAGGGCUCCAGGAUUUGCAUCUGGCUCUGGCAAAGUGGUUGUUGUGUGCCUCUCUGGUCAGUAUUGUAAGGUUCCGCAUCAUUGCAAGAGAAUGGAGAAGUUGACACAAAGAUCUCGUGUGAAUAUUGGAAUCCCUGAAUUGGAGUAGAACACACUUAUCUUCUGAGCAGCAUGCAAACGAAACAGCAAAACAGAAAAUAUAUUUUCUGUGAUAGCCCUGGAACAUCUGAAUGCCUCAGUUGUCUUCGUUGUCGUCUUAUUUUCUUGUUUCAACUGAUGUGUCUGACUUUAAUAUAUUCACUUUUUGUGAGUUCUUGUAUUCUGUCCAAGUGCAGUACUGUUGAGACCACUGAAAUGUGUUCAAGCUCUGGUUUUUUGUCAGAAACUAUGAAACUAGCUCCAAUUAAUUCCGCUAUCUUCAUGAUGAUUUCUUGUGAUCUUUUUAAUGUGUUUGUUUUUACGAGUGAAAAGUGUUUUGGUUAAAAAAAAGAAGAAGAAAAAGAACUGAACUCGCCAAAAAAAAACUUUGAAUCCAGUCUAGCUCCUACAAGUUUAAAUGUAACUAGAUGAACGCAAAUAAACAUUUUGUGCAAUUUGGAAA